CUAUUUUAUUUGCUAUUUAAGGAGUCCUCUGUUUUGUGAUCAAGACUUCCAUGUCAAUACAACGUAAUCUUUGACGGCAGUCAAUACACUGUCUCUUAAAGCAAAACACCACGCUCGAUGGCAUGAUUUGAAUUUCCGAAUUGUAAUCCCAUAAACGCAGUACCAUUUUGACAAUAGAAGUAGGAGGUGUAAAGAGUUUGUUGGCCGGCUGCGGCAUGUAGCUGUGGAGAGAAUUUGCUUGGCUAUCCAGACUCUUAGCUCGGGCCAAACGGUACGCCACGCCCACGGACGUUAGUUUAUUCUCCGCGAACUACAGAGCAGCGGCAUGUAGUGUGAGUCGUCAGGUUAGCACCAGACACUACCGACUGAACUUCUAAGUCUUCGCUCAAAGGAUGUAUACCUGACACGGAUAUUCUUGCCUCAACAAGGCUACUAACGAUCGAAGUCGGGGCUCGGAUAUGAUGGACUCGGCAGAUUAUUUUACAAUCACUGCCACUAUUUAGAAUGUCCGUUGUCUUCUGCAGAAAACAUUGGGAAACAGGGCUCUUCCGUCUGGGUCGGCUCAUUUGAAGCUAAAAAGUAAGAAAUGUCAGACUUGGAAAUCGCACGCACAGAUGCUACUCAUUUGUGUGAUAAUAUAUGUGGGAACUAAUUGCAACGCAACUGCCCUCCGUGGUGCAAGUGACUGUUCUUUGCGCACCAAGUCCAGAAAUCUUGGCUGAUUGUGCUGCUUCUUCACUCUGUUACUGGGGAAGCAGACCAGCAGCAAAUCGAUGCAUUUAUUGGUAAAAUCUACUCGGGCCAUUUACCUCGUGGCAUAGCCUACUGGAGAUUGACAUAUAACGGAGAGACAACAUCAGUCUCAGGAAUAGAGGUCAAUGGACGUCCUCCACAAGGGACCCAUUUGUUUCCUUUAGUGCCCAGUACCGACACCCAGAUGCUGCUUAGGUAGUCAACCUUACCGCCCGCUCACCGGCACCCUGACCACAUAGCUGCCCAUGUCUGCCCUCCUCUGCUAGGCCAACACAGCCCACAGUCUUCAUGAGGAUCACGACCCUGCCAGACCACACCAGAUAGAGUUUCCCCAGAACGCCCGAGGGAGGAUGGACCGGCUCAUCUUCUCCCUGUUGGUGCUGGCCGUCUCCACCAGGGGGCAGCUGUGCCCCAAGCGCUGCAUGUGCCAGAACCUGUCCCCCUCGCUGGCCAUCCUCUGUGCCAAGACGGGCCUACUCUUCGUGCCCACCGUCAUCGACCGGCGCACCGUGGAGCUGCGUCUCACUGAGAACUUUAUCACAGCCAUAAGGAGGCGGGAUUUUGCCAACAUGACUAGUUUGAUCCAUCUGACGUUGUCCCGCAACACCAUAAGCCAGAUCAUGCCUUACACCUUCGAGGACCUCAAGCGGCUGCGAGCGCUGCACCUGGACAGCAACCGGCUAAGUGUGAUCAGGGAUGACCACUUUCGGGGACUCACCAACCUUAGGCACCUGAUCUUGGCCAACAACCAGCUGCACGAAAUCUCUCCCCACGCCUUUGACGACUUCACAGGAACCCUGGAAGACCUGGACCUGUCCUACAACAACCUGGUGGACAUCCCCUGGGAGACGAUAGGUCGUCUAACCAACGUCAACACCCUUAACAUGGACCAUAACCUUAUAGAGCAUGUGCCCCAAGGAAUCUUCACCAACCUGCACAAGCUGGCGCGUCUAGACAUGACUUCCAACAAGCUGAAGAAGAUCCCACCGGAUCCACUUUUUCUGCGCAUCCCUGUCUACGCUAAAGCCAAAGGAUCUCCUCAGUCGUCAUUGGUGAUGAGUUUUGGUGGGAACCCGCUCCACUGUAACUGUGAGCUGCUGUGGUUGAGGAGGCUGACCAGAGAAGAUGACCUGGAGACUUGCGCCUCUCCUCCAGACCUCACAGCCAAGUACUUCUGGACCAUCCCCGAGGAGGAGUUCAUCUGUGACCCUCCGGUCAUGACCAGGAAGUCUGCCAAGACCUUCACCAUGGAGGGCCAGCCAACCAGUCUGAAGUGCAAGGCCAACGGAGACCCGGACCCAGAGAUUCACUGGAUUUCCCCUGAGGGCCGUCUGAUCUCCAACACAUCAAGGACUGUCACCUUCAGCAAUGGCAGCCUGGACAUUAACAUCACCUCCAUGAAGGACUCUGGAACCUUCACCUGCAUUGCCUCCAACGCGGCGGGGGAGUCCACGGGCCAGGUGGAGCUGGUGGUCAACCUCCUACCCCACCUGGCCAACAGCACCAACCGGCUACGGGAGCCCGACCCUGGCCCUUCAGACAUCCUGACUUCGGCCAAGUCCACCUCAACCACGGGCAACGACACACGGAGGAACCAGGAGGGAAGGGUGCUGAUGGCGGAGCUGACAGCUAGCUCAGUGCUGAUCAAAUGGCCAUAUCAGAACCACGUCCCUGGGAUCAGGAUGUACCAGGUCCAGUACAACAGUUCCCUGGAUGACACGCUCAUCUACAGGUGGUCCACCUUCCCUGUGGCCGACAUGGUUGCUGUAUGGACAGUGGAGAGGACAUAGACGUCUCGUUUGUCAUGCCACUUUACUGCCAGCUGUUGACCGUUCUCCUUGAACUCCACCUCCUCUCUCUGCAUCUUCCUGCAUCCGAAUACCGGCAUCCCCUUCCUGUUCGACCUGACUGUGCCACAGGCCCCUGUGCUGUUGGAGAGCAGAUGCUGGAAGAAUGUGGGACUGCUGUAACAAUUGUCCACAUACAAAGUGUGUCCCUUGCUGAGAUGAAGAGCCAGUAUGGUCAUCACCAUGGACCCGGACACGCCAAGCCCCUCGUAAUAUUGGAUGUCAGUGGUGGACCCUGUGUAAACUAUAAUUUCCUGGACAAAUCCUGUCUUCACGUCACACACGACAAAGAACUUGACCCCGAACCUGUGCCUUUUGGAGGGAAUAUAUUGACGGAACGUCAGGGACUCAUCAAUGCAUAGGUCCUUGUAUGGCACAAAGACCCGACCAAAUGCUGAUGUAAUUUCUUAUUUUGUAUAACGGGUUAUUUAAUGUAGUAGCAUUGUUGAUGAAAUAGAACUAGGAAGUGGUCUUGGGAAAAGAGGGUGGCUAAGAAGAGAGUUGCAAACAUAGGAUCUGUGCUCCAGUAUUCUCUUAGGGAGUUCUUCUUUACUAUCCCCAUGAGAAGGACUGUCACCAGGAAGGUAUACAUUUCACUAAUUGUGGUUGUCACCCAUUUAGCGAGUUUCCCACCCACUCCUGGCUCUCUCUUCUCUUGUUGCUCAAGGCAUGGCGAUUGGUCUCCUUUACUAUGUCUCCCACCAGCUCCUCUGUCAGAAACAACUUGAAGCACUCUGCCUCAGAUGGAAAUGGCAAGGGGCAUGGCACUCCAGACUUGGACUCAUCAAAGCAAACAGCAGGGCCAGGAGGGGUGAAAUGGCUGGUGGCCUUCCAGCUACCACAGAACUCCAGUACUUCAUCCACUGUCGGUCUGCCUUUAUCACCACCAUUAUCUUCAAGAGGUCCUGGGACUUCGUUAGUGGACAAGGAGUCCUCAGAUUCAGGCUUUUCAAUGGCUACAAGGUUGGGUGGCAGCUCCUCACUGUCAGAAUCUGAGUCCUAACUUUCAUACCCAGACCCAUUGUCAGAAUUUUUUUAAUCUCCAGAAUGUCCACAUUUGUGAGUUGUCUCCUUCUGAAAGACAUUACUAAUGCUACAGCUUAGCUCACUAGAUACAUACAUAAACAACAACAACACUGAAUGGCUCAGAGUGGGAGUGAGAGGUUACGUGAUUGACUGCCGGCACGCACCACUUCUAUCAGUAAAUCACUAUCAGAAAAUGUUUUGUGUGGUAAUUGUUUAUAUAUUUACUGUUUUAUUCACAUGUUUUCAAGUUCUAUUGACAAAUCAUGCAUUCCGAUUCUUGCAUAGAUUGUAAUGGGCACAUAUGUGUGUAAAGUACAUUUUUGAAGGUUGUACUGAUUAUAAUGAGCUAAGCUAAUUCCAGCUGUGUGUGGAGCCAUGUUUGCUGACGUACAAUGCAUUCUGGGUUUCACGUAAUCGUCUGUCGAACCAAAUAUGUUAUAACAAAAUGAGGUGAGUAAGGGUUCACAAAUUUUUGGUGAACUUCCGGAAAUGAAUGGUGGGUUGUGAACGAUGGUAGGCGACACCCCCUUCAACAUGCAUACAAUAAACAGACCAAACUCAUCUUGUCUUCUCUUAUCUUUGGUUUCUGUGAGAGAGAAAAAGCAUGGCAGCGAGCAGAAACAACCUAUUGUCGGAUUACUUUCGAUUUCCACAGAGUGUUUUACUCAAUUAUUUCGAUCAAUGGUGAGCUCACCCGUGAUGUGAUUAAUUAUAAAUAGUAAUUUCUGUUAGUUCAUUUAUAUUGUAGUUUAUGUCAGCCGAGAUUUAUACAAAUAUGACCGCUUGUGUUAUGUCAAUCAUUCCUCAGUUAGCGCUAUGACAAAUGUUGCCUACAUUUUCCGGUUUGGAUGAUUGUGUUAUGCUGUAGCUACUUCUGUGAAUGUCUGAACAUUGU